GAAAUCCAAUGGUGUUGUGGAUUGGAAGCACGAGCUGAAAUUUCCAAGCGUAACGGAGCCCAAAAACCCACCACCACAUAAGGGCACCACGCCGUCCUCCCAAAUCCUCUCCUACCCCUAAUCCCCUACGCGCCCGAUUGCCGUCGCCUCGCCGCCGCCGCCGCCCGCAAUGCAGCCUCCGUCCGAUCUCUCCCCGCCCCCACCUUCCUCUCCGCCCGCCGAUACCCCAGCCUCCUUAGAUCCCGACACCCCUUUCUCUGACGCCGCCCCCGUCACCCCCUUCUCCGACGCCGCCCCCGUCGACGCCUCGGACGCCGACACCCCGGCCCUCGCGCCAACACCCGACUGCGCCCUCGCCUCCGCCUCGGACGCCCCCGUCGACGGCGAGGACGACGGGAUCAACAACCCCUCCGGCGGCUCCAGGAAGCACAUGACCCUCGUGCCGCCGGCGCCGCCCAGCAAGAAGUCGAAGAAGAAGGGCGGCAACAGCGUCUGGACCCGGCCAGCCUCCCGCAAGGGCAAGAAGAAGGCCAGGCAGCCGGGCGGCCCCGGCCCCGGCGGCAGCACCACCGGCGCCCACCCCGGGCCCAACGCUGGCGGAGACGAGUUGUGCCAACUCGUCCCCGCGACCCGCCUCGCCGCCGAGCGCAACGACGACGCAGCUACCCAGCCCGUGCUCCUCUCCCGCUUCUUCAAGUCCGAGAGGAUCGAGGUUUCCGACGACCGCCUCACCGCAGGCAGCACCAAGGGCUACCGCAUGGUGCGCGCCACCCGCGGCGUCGCGGCCGGGGCGUGGUACUUUGAGAUCAAGGUCGUGCAUCUCGGCGCCACUGGCCACACGCGCCUCGGAUGGGUGACCAACAAGGCGGACCUCCAGACGCCGGUUGGGUAUGACGCCUAUGGGUUUGGGUACCGCGACAUCGAUGGCGCCAAGGUGCAUAAGGCUUGGAGAGACAAGUAUGCUGAUGAAGGGUACGGGGAAGGAGAUGUCCUUGGGUUCUACAUUUCUCUGCCUGAUGGGGAGCGCUAUGAGCCUAAGCAACGCGACCUGGUUGAGUACAAGGGAAUGCCUUUUCAUGUGCAUGUCCCUAAGGAGGAGCAGAAGAUACCGGAUCCAGUUCCUGGGAGUGAGAUAUGCUACUUCAAGAAUGGGGUAUGCCAAGGCAGUGCCUUCAAGGACAUUCCUGGAGGGAGGUAUUACCCAGCUGCGUCAAUGUACACGCUCCCUAACGAGCAAAACUGUGUAGUCAAAUUCAACUUUGGGCCAGACUUCGAGUUCUACCCGCAAGAUUUUGGUGACCUGCCAAUCCCUCAACCAAUGAGUGAGGUGCCUUAUCAGGCAGUUGAGGUGAAGAAAGAGGGGCCCGUCGAAAAUGGUAUUGCUGAAAAAACUAGCUAGUGUAGUUAACAUUCUGUUUUAGCUGUAUCGAAUACCCCUGUGUCCCUGUGUAAACAUCAAACAGGCCCAUGGCUAGACCAUGGUGAGGUUGGCCGCUGGAGUUGCAUCUGACUAGAUUGUAUGCUUAUGUUGUCACCGUUUAGCCGGGUGAUGAUGUUAUCGUGUGCUGCCAGAUAGUAGUGAACCGGUGAUGGUAUGUAAUAGCAACCAGAGGGUGUUAUCUGUCACUUGGCAUGCUGCAGUAGUGGUAAGAAGAGUGGUAACGGGAGGUGGAGGUGGUGUUCUGGUGGAGCAGCAGGUGAAACCUUAUGCUGGGAGUUUCACUGCUCAGGAAGGAUUUGUAUGGCCAGAAUAGCAUCUGCAUGUAAAUGUGCCUCAUUUAUAUUCAUUUUCCAUCCCAGUGAUUUAAGCCAUCCAAAGGGUCUUUGCUAGUA